AUUCGCUAAUAAGUCGGUAAUCGAGUUGGCUCUCUAGCCACAAUGUUGAGAGUUGAGACAUUUCAUGAGCUAUAAAUGAGCUAGCUUACAAGUUAAGCUCAACAAGACACCGAGCCAAGCUAGCUUGCGAGCUCUGCAAGCUGCAGAAAGCUUAGCUCAAACUCGGCUCGUUAGUAAACGAGUCAAGUAUCGAAUGAGUUUUCCUCGAGUCGAACGUCGAGCAGCUCGACUCAUUUGCAGCCCUAAUCUUGACCCGACUAUGGCUCUCCUAUCCAUAUUAGUUUUUUUUUUCUUUUUUGUCAUAGGUAUCACCGCAGGGAAAUAGCAUGGAGACAACAAUAUCCAAGACCUUUACAAGUCAAUCCACUUCGACAAGUGUACGACCAACUCAACAAAGGCAUUUUCUACCACAGAAUUGGUAUCCCUGUUAUACUUUCACGGAGCUAAAUGAAACGUUGCACGCUGAAAUGACGUUCGCGACACUUGAAUUUUCUACAGGAUAGUUUUACCCAUCGCGUGCGACCAGUCUCUCGCACAUCACCACAAAACAAAAUAUUAGUGUAGGAAUGCGACUACUACCAACUAAUACAAUCCCAAAGAGGCAUGAGCUCCAAAAAGAAAAGAAUAUCGAAACCAUAUAUCCACAAUCAAAUCCCCUACGACAAGCCUAAUCACAUAGAAGACAAAAGCACAUGGCCGUUUGAACGCGAUUUAGAAUGGUCAUACAAAAUGAUUAGGACUUUGCUAUGGUGACUUGCAAGUCACCGUAACUUGCAAUUUUUGGUCAACCUCAGUUAGGAUUAGGUAUGCCUCUGUUGUUUCAGUGUAAAAACAAUUUCAUGGUGCCUACUUUGGAGAUUCAUAUCUUACAAUUGACUGGAUGGAAAUUGGAGAUUAAUGACUUGUUUUGAAGCUGGAGUGUCCCUCUACACAUUGAAGUACUUGGGAGCUCGAUAGGAAGUCCAGAAGAUCACUUUUGAACCUGAUCAAAAGGUUAUGCCAAAACCGGAAACUGUCUGAAAAUGGCCAAGUCAAAGAACGUGUUUGUGAAGUCUAUUUUGGAGCUCAAUUCGAGAAGCAUGGAUGAGAGUCUGAGUCCAGAGGUGUCUACCACGUGAAAGUAGGUAUGUUUGUCUUAGGCAUUAGAUGAAAGAUUGAAUAUCUGGAAGGCUUCAAACAAAAGGCUCGAAAUUGCUACGAAUGUUGUUUUUCUGGCAGCUUGCUUAUCUAGAAAGCUAGAAUUUGCUAAGAAGUGAAUGAUUAGCGUGGAUUAACGAUACCAAGGCACGGAAUCUCCUCCAUGGAUCUCGAUUUACCUACCCGCGAUCGCCAGUUCGCCACUUGUCGCAAGUCGUGUAGCAGACGCAGCGUUCGCUUUUUCGCCUCUCUUCCUUCACCUCUACAGUGACUGAAUCCUACUUCUACUCCAAAAAGAUUUUCUUUCACCUCCGACGGCUAACAUCCCACCAAAUAAAUCCCAACCCGAUUCCUGCAACUAUCCUACCAAUUCUCUGCUCUGCUGGCGGGGAGAGUUAAUCAACAACCCCGACGAUGGAUCCUGAAUCGGUGAUGAACACAGCAAAGCCGACCCAGAUUCCGACUCGGGAAGAAGACCCAUCAUCGAAUCAGUCCACAUCUCUCCUCUCCCUCAGCACGGAAGAUCCUUCGUCUCCGCCGCAGAAACCCACCACCACCAUCAUCUUCAUCGCUCUCCUCCUCGUCACUUGCGUCGCACUCUCUGCUGCCUCCGCCUUCGCCUUCCUCUUCUUCUCCGCCGGCAAAUCAGCUCAUCCGUCGAUCAAAGAGGACCAGACCGCGCGGCCGCUGACGAAAUUGGAUCACCCAGUCGUCCUGUUGAUUUCCUCCGACGGGUUCCGGUUCGGGUACCAGCACAAGGCUCCGACGCCCAACAUCCACCGCCUGAUCGCCAACGGAACGGAGGCGGAGACGGGUCUGAUUCCGGUAUUCCCUACUCUUACUUUCCCCAAUCAUUACUCCAUUGUCACUGGGCUCUACCCUGCUUACCAUGGAAUCAUCAACAACAAAUUUGUUGACCCGAGAACUGGAGCCGUCUUCAGUAUGGCCAGCCACGACCCUAAAUGGUGGCUCGGCGAGCCACUGUGGGAGACUCUGGCUAAUCACGGCUUGAAAGCUUCUACUUACUUCUGGCCUGGCUCUGAAGUGAUCAAGGGUUCUUGGGAUUGCCCUAAGGGCUUCUGUAUGCCCUACAAUGAAUCGGUUCCGUUUGAGGAUAGAGUUGAUACUGUCUUGAGUUACUUUGAUUUGCCCAGUAACGAGAUUCCUGAGUUUAUGACACUGUAUUUUGAGGACCCUGAUCAUCAAGGUCACUUGGUUGGUCCUGAUGAUCCCCAGAUUACUGAAGCUGUUACUCACAUUGAUGGGUUGAUUGGGAGGUUGAUUAGUGGGCUAGAGAAGAGAGGGAUAUUUGAAGAUGUUACCAUAAUCAUGGUGGGUGAUCAUGGUAUGGUUGGUACUUGUGAUAAAAAACUGAUCUUUCUGGACGAUUUAGCCAAAUGGAUAAAGAUUCCUGCAGAAUGGGUGCCUUACUACACUCCGGUUCCUUCAAUCCGCCCACCUGCGGGUGUUAAUCUUUCGGAAGUUGUUGCAAAGAUGAAUGAAGGGUUGCAGUCCGGGAAAGUCAAGAACGGGAAGAACUUGAAGAUGUAUCUCAAGGAAGAUCUUCCUAGCAGGCUGCAUUACUCGGGCAGCGAGAGGAUUCCGCCGAUCAUAGGGAUGCUUGGUGAGGGGUUUAAGGUGGAGCAGAAGAGCACUACAGCACAAGAGUGUGGUGGAGCGCAUGGUUAUGACAAUGCAUUCUUCUCCAUGAGGACCAUCUUCAUUGCUCAUGGUCCUCAGUUUGGUAGGGGAGUGAAGGUGCCAUCUUUCGAGAAUGUGCAGAUAUACAAUGUGAUCACAUCGAUUCUGAACGUCCCGGGUGCCCCUAACAACGGGACUUCCUCGUUUCCUCAAUCUAUUCUUUUGCCUAAGGCUUAGUGAAUGCCCACUGUUUGCUAGUUCAAAGAACUGACUAUGUUGUUCUGUGAGGGUAGAUGGUUGUGCUAGUAUUAUCACGUCGGAACCAGGAUAGAACGCGCUUGUUGUGUCGUUCCUUUUGGAUUGUAGAUUCUUGCUUUCUCACUUGGGUUUAGGAUUGUUUAUUACUGUGAGCUGCAUAACACGAUCGAAUGUUCCCCUGAAGUUUGAAUGUUUGAAUGUUUCAUCUUCGAGUAUGAGUUUCUUUCGAACGAACCAUGAGGAAGAGUGCUAUACAUAGCAGUUAACUCUUUGUUCUGCAUUACUCGUUCUUCUUUUUAGGCCUUUUAAUUUUUAUGGUAAUCAUCUAGUCGAUGCAGGAUGUGGCUAUAUGUUGCUGUGUUGUAUUGUGGUAUGUGGAGCAUGAUCAGGCUUCGGCAAUCUGGUUUGCAACUCCACAGUCCAGGUGUCCUGCAAUGUCUGAAACCUUCUUCGAGUGCAAUAUCCAGCACUUAGGCGCAAUCCGUAAUAGCAAAGAGCAUGUGAGAAGUGCCAAGAUGAACACUUUACUCCAAGACAUUCUCAGACCGCUGUACAAUUCAACAAUGAAUUCGCUUCCUUCGACCAAAAUCAGUCGAGAAAACUAUGCAAAUGCAUAUCGAAGUCUUGAAUACAUUUUAGAUAAAAUC